AUGGCUCCCAAUGACCCUCAGACUGCCCGGGCCAAGGGCCUUGUGGGCAAGCCAUUGCUGUAUUUUACAAGCGUCUUUGUAUCGUUAGGGGUCUUUCUCUUUGGUUAUGAUCAAGGCGUAAUGUCGGGCAUUAUUACUGGGCCAUUUUUCAGAGACUACUUCAAUCAGCCUGGACCAGCCGAAGUUGGUACUAUGGUCGCUAUCCUCGAGAUUGGUGCCCUGAUUUCCUCAAUCUCUGUUGGCCGUAUUGGAGACAUCAUCGGUAGGCGGAGAACAAUCCUCUACGGCUCCAUGAUUUUUUUUGUCGGGGGCAUGUGCCAAAGCUUCGCGAAUGGUAUGCCCAUGAUGAUGAUUGGGAGACUAAUUGCCGGAUUCGGGGUUGGUGCCCUCUCCACCAUUGUUCCUGUCUAUCAAUCUGAGAUCAGUCCUCCCCAUAAUCGAGGAAAACUCGCCUGUAUCGAGUUCACCGGCAAUAUUACUGGAUAUGCAGCCAGUGUGUGGGUGGAUUACUUCUGCAGCUAUAUUCAGAGCGAUUAUUCGUGGCGACUCCCACUUCUCAUGCAAUGUUUCAUGGGCGCCCUACUUGGAUUUGGAAGCUUGAUCAUUUGUGAAUCCCCUCGAUGGCUUCUUGACAAUGACCAUGACGAAGAGGGAAUCAUCGUUAUCGCGAAUCUGUAUGGAAAGGGCGACAUUCACAACCCCAAGGCCCGCCAGGAAUAUCGCGAAAUCAAAAUGAACGUUCUUAUUCAGCGCCAGGAGGGCGAGCGCUCCUACGUCGAUAUGUUCAAGCGAUACUCUCGGAGAGUUUUCAUUGCCAUGUCAGCCCAAGCCUUUGCCCAACUGAAUGGAAUCAACGUCAUCUCAUACUACGCACCUCUUGUUUUCGAGUCAGCUGGGUGGGCCGGUCGUGACGCGAUCUUGAUGACUGGUAUCAACGCAAUCACAUAUCUAGGAUCAACUAUUCCGCCAUGGUAUGUGGUGGAUCGAUGGGGCAGACGGCCGAUUCUGCUCUCUGGUGCGGUGGCGAUGAUCAUCUCACUUUCACUCAUCUCGUACUUUAUCUUUAUCGACGUCAAGUCAACGCCUACGAUGGUGGUUGUCUUUGUGAUGAUUUACAACGCAGCCUUUGGGGCAAGCUGGGGGCCGAUCCCCUGGCUUUAUCCGCCGGAGAUUUUGCCGCUCAGUAUUCGAGCUAAAGGGGCCAGCUUGAGUACUGCAAGCAACUGGGCAUUCAACUUCCUGGUCGGAGAACUUACGCCAGUUCUUCAGGGGGCGAUUAAAUGGAGGUUAUAUCUUGUACAUGCCUUCUUCUGUGCUGUGAGCUUCGUUUUAGUGUAUUUCGUCUACCCAGAGACGGCCAAUGUGCGGCUUGAAGACAUGAACGCACUGUUUGGCGACGCCACCACAGCCAUGCCUACUCCAGCAACGCAGGCAGAGCGAGGAUCAUUGAUGGGUGUUGGAUCUCCCUCAUCCAUCGACAUCCGAGGGGGAUCACCUCGGCCGGGGAUGUUCUCAGCGGACUCUGCGAUCCCGGGGCUUGAUAUCGACCCACCCGACAUUCAAUUGGAUUCAGACGGCAGACCUCGAGGUCGAGAUCCCAACAAUGAAGGAAUUGGCGGGUGGAUUGGUCGAAUGGUGUCCAGAACAAGACAAGAUAGUCGAGGACAAGGACGAGGCCAAUAUGGCAAGGUCGGGCAGGAUGAAGACUAG